ACAAGCACUGUGGUGUGGCUUUCCAGUGUUCGUGGUGGAGUGCCCAGAGACAUUUGACGGGAAUUUGCGUAGCAGUGGGCAUGUUGAACAGACAAUUCGAUCGAAUAAAGCGAUCGAACUCUGUUUCUUAGACAUAAGUUUGCAGAACUGUGGAGUUUUUUAUGACAAAAUGAGGAAAGUGUAGUGGUUAUUUGUUGCUGAGAAACUUCUCUUAAGAAGAGGUCAGUCAUCUUGGUUGGCCCCUUCGAAAAGAAAAAAAGUGCGUCUGUGGCCCGAGGCGGUUGAAAAGUCGUCUUUCCCUAGAAGGAACCUGCUGGCCAGCCAAAACCAGCAUUUGACUAACAAAUCAAGUUACUUGUAGCUCCGUCCGAAAUCUCAUGAGAAAAUGUCUUCGAACAAAAGUGUUUGCAUCUUUGCCUCUUUGCUGGCUUUGUUACUAACUGUUAUGUCUGUUAGUUCUACUAUUUCUGAUCGAGACAGUUUACCUCAUCAUGGCAGGUGUGAAGCCAUCACAAUUCCCCUAUGCAAAGAUAUUCUAUACAAUGAGACUAUCUUCCCAAACCUGCUUAACCACCAAAAACAAGAAGAUGCUGGGCUUGAAGUACAUCAGUUUUAUCCACUGGUGAAGGUCAAGUGCAGCCCUGACUUGCAAAUCUUCCUGUGCUCAGUCUACGCUCCUGUGUGCACAGUUCUGGACAAACCUAUUCCUCCUUGCCGCUCUCUUUGCCUAUCAGCUCGGAGUGGUUGUGAGGGUCUUAUGAACAAGUUUGGAUUUCAGUGGCCAGAGAGCUUAGAAUGCAGUAGGUAUCCAGAAGGUGGUGCAGCAGGAGAGCUCUGUGUAGGAGAGAACAAUACUAGUUCAGGAACUAGCCAUGGUGGGAAUGAGGGCUACAGGCCUCCUUAUAAAGUUUCAGGUGGGCUUGGUGGUGUUCCCAAUUACCCAAGAAAUCCCCUAAAUGAAUUGGGUAACUAUCCUGGUGUAUAUCCAGGUGGGCCUGUUGUGGGUGGUAGUCCCACAGGUUACGGUUCAGGUUCCAGUUGGUAUGGUGGACCAAGUGGCAUCCGAUCCGGUUUCACAUCAGUCAACAGUAACUACUCACGUGACCAUGGGUUCAUUUGUCCUGCCCAAUUCCGAGUGCCAAAAGGACUUGAUUAUGUCGUUCGCGUCGGCGGAAAAAUCUAUCCUGAUUGUGGUGCCCCCUGUAAGGGUAUGUUUUUCAAUGAAAGUGAAGUCCGUUUCUCCCGAGUUUGGAUCGUUAUUUGGGGUGCUAUUUGCAUGGCAUCUUGCCUCUUCACGGUGCUGACAUUCUUGCUGGAUGUACGCCGAUUUCGCUACCCCGAACGACCCGUCGUCUUCCUUUCUGUGUGCUAUUUUAUGGUGGCAUUGGCCUACGUCAUAGGAUACGCCAUGGGGGAUUCUGUAUCGUGUAAUGCGCCAUUUGAUCCACCGCCAGAUUUCUCGGUCGAUAAAUCUGACAUGGUCGAGACCAUUACUCAGGGAACGAAACGGGAGUCAUGUACAAUCCUCUUCAUGUUGCUUUACUAUUUUGAAAUGGCUGCCAACCUCUGGUGGGUCGUUUUGACGCUAACCUGGUUCCUCGCAGCUGGUCUCAAGUGGGGUCAUGAACCCAUCGAAGCAAAGUCACAUUAUUUCCAUCUUGUGACGUGGGCUCUCCCAGCUGCUCUGACCAUCGCCAUUUUAGCCAUGGGCAAAGUUGAAGGCGACGUACUGAGCGGCGUUUGUUCGGUUGGCGUUUGGGAUAUGUCUGCCUUACGGCUCUUUGUAUUGGCGCCUCUAUUCAUUUUUCUUAUCGUCGGCACCAUUUUCUUACUGGGCGGCUUCAUCUCCCUUUUUAGGGUGAGAACCUUGAUGAAGAGUGGAGGCACCAAGACGGAUAAACUCGAAAAGUUCAUGCUGCGUAUUGGCAUCUAUUCAUUUUUAUACACAGUUCCGGCCAUCAUUGUUAUUGCAUGCCUUCUACAUGAACAGGCUUUUUUCGAUUCUUGGAUGUUGCGAUGGCAAGAAGACAAAUGUCGUGACCCGCAGUGGAUUAAAUUUGUUUUUGCGUGCCCGUCGCAAAGUUUGGCUUAUGCCAAAGGCGCUGGCGGUUACCCCACGGCUCCAACUUACCCUAAACCGGAAUUUGCUGUUUUCAUGAUCAAGUAUCUGAUGAUGCUGAUUGUCGGAAUCAGCUCGGGCUUUUGGGUUUUGUCCUCCAAAACCUUGGCUACGUGGACCAACUUCUACCGUCGUCUUUUCUGGUUAAAGCCGGAACCCACAGGAGUUUAUGUCUAAAAAAAUACGCUGAAUUUCUUGUAAUUACUCCUCCGACAAAAACACUCACGUCUGGAGGUUGCAAUCACCCUGCCUAAUUGUUCUGUCUAGUGCGUCUCAUCUCGUGCUCAGUUUUCCCGACCCCUCUCGUCUUGGCGUCUUUAACAAACAAAAUGUAAAUAGCCAGCUAUGAAAGGCAAUCGGCAAUUUUAAUUUUUAGUGACGUCUUUUCUCUUCAACACGAUGAAGAACAAAAACAUGCCUUUUUAUUUGCGUCCCUUAAGGUGGCUCUUUUUUGCGAUCUUUUACUCAAUUGCAUGACGGUACCAUUUCUCCAUGAACACACAAGAGCCAUCCAGUUGUUUACUCCUUUUACACCCAUUAACAAGUGGAAAACGUUCUUAUUUGGUUGACUUUUAUAUUGGUAAACGAGCAGCUCGCAUGUUUCUUUUAGCGCUGCAUACGAUCUUUGUCAAACGUUGUUGUGCCCAAUUGUCUUCGCUCGGAGCGUUCGUAUCGUUAUGUAACCGUUAGUGCAUACUCUUUUGAUGGCAAUCGAUAAAAGAAUUAUGCCGAAUCACCUGUUUGUUCCGUGCACAUUACGUUAAUAACAUUUUUUCAUUGGUAGGAUAAACCUUAUAACAAUCAGAAUACACUGCAAUCCGUUUUCACAACAAAA